AUGGAAGUUUUCCCUGAGCAGCAGGAGGGCAGCUGUGAUUUGAGCCAAGAGGACUCUCGUGAACCGCCACACUUUAAAGAGGAACAGGAAGAACUGAGGAUCAGUCAGGAGGAAGAGCAGCUUCAAGGACUGGAGGAGGCUGAUAUCAUCAAGUUCACAUUUACUCCUGUCCUUGUGAAGAGGGAAGAUGAUGAUGAUGAUGAUGAUGAUGAUGAUGAUGAUGGAGAGAAACCACAAUCCUCACAUCUUCAUGAAAACCAAUUGAAGGAGAACAGUGACUCAGAGCAUUUGAAAACAGAACCAAGCCUUAAUAUAGAUAAUGUUUCAGUUCUUCAGUAUGAAGAGAAGUCACACUCUGAAUGUGAGACUGAUGACAGUAAUGAUUGGGAAGAGACAAAUGAACAUCAGUCAGGUUUAAACCAUCAGCAAAACACAGAAGUGUUUGUGAAUAACCAAGAAUGUAAUGAUGAUAAAACAUCAGGUAGCUACUCUGAAUGUGCUACAAGCUCUGACCAAAAGGAACAACAACUGAAACUCAGAGGAACCCAAGUGAAAGCGAAACCCUUCAGUUGCACCAUUUGUAAAAAGUGUUUUUCGAGAAAAGGAGAGCUUGAACAACACACAAGGACCCACACAGGAGAGAAACCCUUCAGCUGCUCCAUCUGUGGUAGAAGUUUCACACAGAAGGCACAUUUGGAUUCACACCUACAGGUUCACACAGGAGAGAAACUGUUUAGUUGUGUAGUUUGUGAAGCACGUUUUUUGCGUAAAGCUGACUUAGAUGUACACAUGAGAGUUCAUACAGGUGAGAAACCUUUCAGCUGCUCUGUUUGUGGGAAAAGAUUUGCUCACAACAGCAUCAAGAAACACAUGAGAACUCAUACUGGAGAAAAACCAUUUAGUUGUUCAAUUUGUGGGAAGGGAUUUGGGCAACAUGACAAUCUAAAACGCCACUUAAUUGUCCACACAGGAGAGAAACCCUUCAGUUGUUCAAUUUGUGGUAAAAAAUUUGCAGGUAACAAUAUGAAGAAACACAUGAGAACCCAUACUGGGGAGAAACCUUUUAGCUGUCCUUUUUGUGGGAAAGGAUUUGGUCAACACGACACACUGAAUCGCCACUUAAUUGUCCACACUGGAGAGAAACCCUUUAGCUGUUCUAUCUGUGGGAAAAACUUUGCACAAAGUACAACUCUGAAUCGUCAUUUGGUUGUCCACACUGGAGAGAAACCAUUUGGUUGUAAUGUUUGUGAGAAAAAAUUCACACAGCUCGCAAGUUUAAACAAACACAAAUGUAAAGGGGUUGUGUUGUCUUAG